AACAUCUCGAAGGUCGUAGACAAAACCGAUCACUCUCUAUAUAUCUCUAACUAAAAACAAAAUAAUAUUAUUCACAAGAAAGAAGAAUCAGAAAAUUAAAGCAGUACUCCUUACCAGAUAAGCUCGGAACUCUUCAUCGUUUUCUGUUGGUUGAUCGAUCGAUUGAAUUGAGCUGGUGGCUUUUGUGAUUUUUGUCAUUUAAUUUUCUUCGAUCUUCAUUGUAACGACUCAGAUAUCAGAUUUUCCGGAAAAGAAAAAUGGAUUCUUAUCCAUACCAUAAGAAUCAAAUCCCCACUUUCCCAUAUUCUUAUUAUUAUCCCAAUGGUCAAAUGCCUGCCAGGCCUGAUAUGAACGUGGAUCCGGGUAAGUUUUACGGAUCUUGGCCAUUAGGUGGCUAUCCAUAUCCAGUACCCCAUGGCGGUUGCUGCCAUAGCAGUAAUUUUCAACAACCAAGUUCGUGUGCUCUCAGACCUCCUUACCCCCACAUUGCACCCCAUCCUUCCCACUAUGCGCCUCCAGGACCGUAUCCUUUUCACUAUGCGCCCCCUCCAUACUUCUCAAUGGAGCAGCCGCAUUAUGGUUUUCCAAAUAAUUACCCCACAGAUCAUCAUUGCUGUGGGUGCCCAAACCAUCCUUGCAAGAAGAAUGAGACAAAGGAUUUGAAGAUUGAGGAGCAUGAUGAGAACGUGGAUAGGAAGACUGGUGAAGCUAUGGUUCCUUUCAACGCCUGGAGUCAUCCUUAUCCAGUUGGUUGGUUUCCCUACGGUGAUGUUAGGAGAGAGUACCCAAAAGAGCAGGGAAAGGCUUAUAGUGGCUGGUCCCCUUUAAAUUACAUGCAGAAUUCUGAAGGAAUGAAGGAUGGGGAAGACUUGCGGCUAACAACACCACAUAAACAAGAUGGUAAGAGCAUGCCUUUUCCAUAUCCAAUAGUCUGGAUGCCUGACCAACCAAAAGAUAAUCCAAAGAUUGGAAGGAAAGUGAUUGAUUUGGGUCCAAAGUCUUCUUCUGAUCAGGAAUUACUGCCCCUCUUGGAACCCAAUCCAAAAGGGUCCUUGGAUGAUGAAGGUAAGGCCUUCAGUUCUGGAGUUGAGGAAAAGAAGACGGUAAACAAAGGAGUGUCUUUCCCAAAGGUCAUUCCUGUAAAGCAGUUGGAAGAUCAUAAUGACAUGAAGUCCCCUUCAAACCAGAUGGAAGGAAACUCCGCCCAUGCUACUAUGAAGCCAAAGAAUGAAACUGAGGACAAAAAACUCAUCAAGGAGAAUGGUCCUAAACAACAAGGAUCCUCUUCUAAAAAGCCAUCUAAGCUACCUCCUGUUUGUCUCAGGGUUGAUCCCUUUCCAAGGAAAAAAGGUCAUAACAAACCACAUGAUAAGCCAAAGGACAAACAUCAUGCGCCAUUGAAUGGGGUAGGGAACAGUGAAUGUGAAGGCUCGUGUGGGGUUAGUAAUAAGGUGGAGGGGAGCAAAUGCAGCACUGAAACUUUUAAUGUCAACAUUGAAGAGACAACCCAAGGGGAGGAUACAAAGAAAGAAGUGGUUGUUGGAUGUGCUGUUCCUACUGGUGAAAGUGAAAGCCAAAUAGGUAGUGUUGGAGUUGAAAAAGUUGCUCCCAGUGAGCAAGAAAAGAGAACAUGUCCUGGAAAAGUUGUACUCUGCGAUAAAACGAAGGGUCAAACAGAAACACUGACCAAAACAGAAUUAUCAGAAAGUGAGGCAGCCACCAAGAUUCAGUCGGCAUAUCGUGGUUUUGAAGUGCGUAAAUGGGAGACUCUCAAGAAACUAAAGCAAAUAUCCAGUUUUAGAGAGAAAGUGCUCGAGUUAAGGACUCAUAUUCAGGCUUUAGAGGAUUCUUCUGACAAACCCGUUGAUGACAAGCAGAAAAAUGUGAUUGCGGAGACCAUAAUGAACCUUCUACUGAAGCUUGAUGCAAUUCAGGGUUUACACCCAAGUGUAAGAGAGGUUAGGAAAUCGGUUACGAGAGAGCUGGUUAGUCUCCAGGAAAAGCUGGACUCUCUUAUUGACAGAAGUCCACAACCACAAGCAACAACUAAGCACCACUCAACAGCUGAGAAUGCUAUUAGUGUUGAUGGGAGUGCUACUAGUGUUGAUGGGAAUGCUACUGUCAUUCAAGGGCACCCCAAUAACACAAUGGAGCAAUGUGAAGAGGGGGAGCUGCCACCACUUCCACUGGAAAAUUUACACGACUUGGUGCCGAAUGAUGGACAAGAAAAUGGUGACCAGAUAGAUGAUGUAUUUGUCGUUGAAACUCAGCCGACUUCCAUGGAAUUAUUAGAAUCCAAGGAGAUGUUGGACCUAGAUCAGUGUCCAUCAUCAACUAACUAUGAUGUGGAGAAGACAGAUGGUAGUUGUCUUGAAGUACUAUCCCAGGAAGAGCAGCAAAAGGGUCUGAAUGAGUCCUGUUUGUUCAAGAAUCAGGUGAAAGAAACUGCACAAGUCCCACCACUAGAUAACAUUUUGAAUGGUGUAGAGCAUGAGGAAGAGGUAGAAGCACAAACUGAUCAAGAAACUGGAAUUUGCAGCCAGACAUCCGAAGCAACAAAAGGGGAUAGCGAUGGACCUCCACAAGAUGGUGCAAGUCUGGUGGAAGCAGAGCACUUCGAUAGAAAAUUGGAAGAUGAUCAAAAGAAGCAGCAGGUCCAGGAUGAAAAUGUUGAGCUAAAGAGUGGUGGAGAAACAGCUCCCAAAGUAGCAGAAGAAGCUGUUGUCAAUGAAAAUGUGGCAGCUGCUGAAGUUGCUUGUUGGGCGGCACCUUCUGACCAGGAAGGUGAUCGUAAGCACGUAAUGGAGGAUAAUGGAAAGUUGGAUAGAGGAAUGGAAGGUGAUGAUCAAAAGAAGCAGCAGGUCCAGGAUGAAAAUGUUGAGCUAAAGAGUGGUGGAGAAACAACUGCCAAAGAAGAAGCUGAUGUCAAUGAAACUGCGGCUGUUGCUGAAGUUGCUGGUUGGUCGGCAUGUUCUGAUCAGGAAGGUGAUAGGAAGCACGUAAUGGAUGAUAAUGGAAAGUUGGAUAGAGAAAUGGAAGAUGAUGAUCAAAAGCAGCAGCAGGUCCAAGAUGAGAAUGUUGAGCUAAAAAGUAGUGAAGAAAUGGAUGCCGAAGGAGGAGGAGCGGGAGAAGCUGCUGUCAAAGCAACUGCAGCUGCAGCUGAUAAUCGUGCAUAUUCAGAUCUAGAAGGUGAUGGGAAGCUGGUAAUGGAGGAGAAUGAAAAGUUGAGGAAGCUUAUGGAGGGAUUAGUUGAAUCGGGUAAAGAGCAGUUGACCACCAUAUCUGCUCUCUCUGCUAGAAUGAACCAACUUGAGAAGAUGUUGUCCUCUUCUAGGAGAAAGAAGUUGAAAAUGAGAAAGCACAAAAGUAGAGCACUUCCAGAUAUGGAUUCAUCCGAGGUUGUGUAAUUGUAUAAAAUGAAUCCGAUUUUUGCUUCCUUUUUUGUAGGGUGUGCAAGUAGAGGGCAUUACGUUUUGUUUGAAGUCAAUUGCUACUUUCUGUUACUGAAAGUGUCUCAAAAUAUACGCACUUCGUAUGUUUUUAUCUUCUGUUGCCCUUCGAAGCGUAUUAAUAUACACUCUCAAAUUGAUUGAAUAGAAUAUCAUAUAUCAAUGCUCUCCUGAAAUACACAGAUUUAACG